AUGGUUACAACGAACGGAAACCAUGUCACGCCAACCAUCCAAGCCGACAUUGCAGUUCCAAAUCCUAUGCGAGACAAAAUGUCACAAGGAGAUGUGGCUUCCACCCUCAUUAUUAAGAUGAUGAGCGGAGUUGAGGCUCCAAUGCUUGCGAAAAGCACCGGAUUCGAUGGGAUAUUCAUUGACAUGGAACAUUCACAACUAGACCUCACUGCAGUGAGCCAAAUGUGCCAAGCUGCUCUUUUAGCUGGCAUAACCCCUAUCGUUCGCUCGCCUACCAAGGAGCCUUUCUUUGUGUCAAGAAUCCUGGAUGGUGGUGCCCUUGGUGUUGUGGUGCCGCACAUACGAAGUGUCAAGGAUGCCGAAGAUGUCGUUGCCGCAGCCAAAUUCGCCCCCAUCGGUCGUCGAAGCGCAACAGGUGGACUGCCUCAACUAGGCCUACGACCCAUACCAGCCAAGAAAAUGAGUGUUGCUGUAAACCAAUCGACGAUAGUAUGUCCUAUGAUCGAGACACUCGAAGCCUUAGAGGAUGUUGAGAAGAUCGCCGCCGUGCCUGGAGUGGAUUCGCUUCUCAUAGGUUCAAGUGAUUUGACUGCAGAAAUGGGAAUACCAGGGGAUUUUGAUAAUCCAAGGGUUACUGAGGCGUAUGAGAAGGUCAUUGCGGCCUGCCGUAAGGCUGGCAUCUUUCUCGGAUGUGGAGGCUUGACAGCUCGCCCGGACUUGAUACAGAAGUUCUGCGAGAAAGGUGGUAUCAGCUGGGUCAUGGUUGCAGCAGACCAGGCUCUGCUAUACGGGGCUGCGAAACAGAAGGCGGAUUUCAUGAUUCAGAUCAACGAGAAUAGGAGGGUCAAGGGCACAUCUUGA